AUGAGGCCUUGCUUAGUUGGCUUCCUGGAAGAUGAUGCCUCUUAUACUCGGAUGUUCGGACCGUCGCCUGCUGUCGAAGCAAUAACAUCAAACCCAUCAUCAUGCUACCAGUCGCGAUCACGAAAUUACAGCAUUGCAUCUGGAAAUGGUUUACAUGGGACAGUUAUUAAACCUUCUACGCUGUUAGGUACGAGAUUCUCCGCCAUCAAACCGAUUACGGCGGCAGUGUUGGUGAGAAACCUCAGCACAGGAGAUGGAGAUAAAACGGACCUGCUGAACAUCAUCCCGGAACCGCCGACGAUUCCGCAAGCUGGAGGACCAGAAAUUGCUGAUAUCGUAGCCGGCGCUGAACCAGCGUUUGCUUCCCUCGGUUUGGGCGGUUGGACACCGGUCGGUAUUGUGCAAAACUGUAUGGAAUUUCUGCACAUCGGACUUGAUCUACCGUGGUGGGGUUGUAUUGCCAUCGGAACGGUAGUCGUACGAACGUUGCUGUUCCCGCUCGUUAUUGCAUCACAGCGCAAUGCGGCUAAAAUGAACAAUUACAUGCCGCAGCUCCAGGUGCUACAGAUGAAAAUGACCGAAGCCCGCCAAGCAGGAAAUGCUAUCGAUUCGGCACGUUACGGCCAGGAGAUGGUUCUGUUCAUGAAGGAGAAAAAGCUAAACCCAUUGAAAAACAUGCUGGUACCACUGGCCCAAGCACCUAUUUUCAUCUCCUUCUUCAUGGGUCUGCGCGAAAUGGCUAAUACGCCGGUUGAAUCUAUGCGCGACGGUGGACUGUUUUGGUUUACGGAUUUAACGAUUUGCGACCAAUUUUACGCACUCCCGAUCAUCACCAGUCUUACCCUCUUGGCUACCAUCGAACUCGGUACGGACAGUGCACGCAUGUCGGCAGCAAAUAUGCAGACGGCCAAGUACAUACUUCGCGCUUUACCGCUGUUCAUCUUUCCGUUUACCAUCAACUUCCCGGGAGCGAUCUUGUGCUACUGGGCGUGCAGUAAUUUCUUCUCCCUGGUUCAAGUCGGCUUUUUGCGGAUACCGAAAGUGCGCGAUUUUUUCAAAAUCGAUCGUAUCGUAACACACAAGCCGGAAACGCUCCCAAUUAAGAAGAAAGGAUUUACCGAGGGCAUCAAGGAAUCCUGGACGAACAUGAAAAUCAGUAAAGAGCUGGAAGAGCGUGCCCGCGUUGAUGAGAUUCGCUUCCAAAAGGCUGGCAAAGGACCGUUGGUGAAGACGUACAAAUACGAUCCCACUGCACCACGACCGGGCACAUCCAAUGCAGUAAAUGCAAAGAAACGGUAAU